CUGAUACUAAAAAGGAAAGGGGUUAGGGCUCAGCUAACCGAACCCUUGCGCUUCCUUCUUCGGCAAAAUAGUUGUCUUCGCCCAUUCUUCCAUUAAGAAGCCUUUCGCUUUCACUAGCCAGAAAUUGUCAAUGGCAAACUUUAAUCUACGGCGCAGAGGCAAGGCUGAUGAUAUCUACGGUGCUAAAUUAAACAAGGAAGAUGUUUAUGGUUUUUAUUUUAGGGUUUGUAUAAAUAGGGGGUUUUGGAUUUCUUUUGUUUUUGAAUUUCCUCUUCAGAUCUAGUUUUUUCUGUCUUUCUGUUCGUGGGUAAGAACAGGGAAGAAGAAGAAGAACUACAACCAUUCUAGGUACGGAUUUACUUUUGUUUUCCAGAAAUUUCCAUGUAAUCUGGUAGAUUUAUUGAAAUGUCUGGGUUUAUUGGGCACUUUCCUUGACAUUGAAUGAUACCAAGAGAGCUCUUGAAAAACUUCAUUGGGUGGUAAAUGUCUUUGUCAUUAUCAUCAUAGCAGUCAUAAGUCUCCUUAUGCUAGGAAUAACAACCGAGGAAGUCCUACUCGUGGCUAGCACCCAAGUUCUUUUGCUUGCUUUCAUAUUUAGAGACACUUUGAAGCCAAUAAUUCAAUCAAUUGUCUUCAUAUUUAUAACACAUCCAUUUGAUGUUGGUGACCGUUGUCAAAUUGAUGGUGUUCAGAUGGUAGUGGAAGAAAUUGGCAUCUUGAACACUAUUUUCUUGGGACAUGACAACGAGAAGAUCAUAAUCCCAAAUAGUGUCCUUGCUAAUAAAGCCAUCUGUAACUUUUAUUUAAGCCCGGACAUGGGAGAUGAAAUUGAGUUUUGUGUCCACAUGGCUACUCCAGUGGAAAAGAUUGAUAUGAUGAAACAAAAGAUACUAAGUUCAAUAAAGAAUAACAAGAAACAUUGGUAUCCGGAGACAGAGAUGGUUUGCAAGGAUAUUGAAGACUCUAAUACUCUGAGGUUUAAAGUCUCUCUCAAACACAAAAUGAAUUAUCAGGACAUAAAAGAGAGGGGGAAUAGAAGAUCGCACCUCCUACAUGAGAUUACUAACAUUUUAAGGGAAUUGGAAAUAAAUCAGUUGCCUUAGGAAUUCGAUGGUUUUUUUAUAUAAUUAUAGUUUACAUUUCAAAUUUAGUUUUGUAUUCAUUCUUAAAACCAUGUUUGAUUUCCUUAUCAUCUUUAAGGAUGUAAUUUCAGAUCUUUUUCUUUUAUAAGCAUAAAUUUCUUUUGGUUAAGUAUCAAGUUUAGUAGGAUUUCAUUUUGCUGCAGAUAAAUUUCAGAGGCUAUUCGAGAAAUGUGACUUCCUUUCAAUGUGUUGAUUUUCUAGAAUUGAGCUUAAAUAUUGCCUGUGUUGGUUUAGGGAUGAGAUUAUUAUAUUAUGUACCAUCAAGGGAACUUUUAUAUUCCCAUGUAAUAUUGUAUUUUACCAAAGCUUCUUUUGUCUAUUAACUAGAUGUUGGUUUUAUCUCUUAGAUAGUAUAAAGUUAGCUGUAAUUU